CACUGAUCCCGUUCAUGCCCCCCAAAGCACACGAACUCUCAGCCCUAACCCUGCGUUUGGCACCGCCCCGUCUCAGACCUCGCAAUCUGCUACCCUGUCGGAAAUCUUAGUAUAAUCCCUGCAGAAAGUCAAACCCCUGUUCCUUGCCCCUUGUGCUUCCCCACCUUUCCUUUCCGAGACUGUGUGCGACACAGUGCCUGUUUGACCCCGCACCUGCAGACGGGAGCUGCGAGCUCAGCUGUUUGUUGAACUUGAUGACGACGCGAUCCCAGCUUCCAUCAUUGACUGUGUGGGCAAUACCACCCAUCUGUCAGGCGCAUCGUCUCGCCUUUUCUCUACCCGCCGACUCUAGAUUCCAUCAUGCCGCCCAGUACACACACCUUGACUCGUCCCUUUCACCGCUUGGCGCAUCUGCUAUCACGCGCCGCCAGGGCCGCUUGGUACCCCAUCCACGGCAUCUGGUACUUUUUGCGACACCCAGAAUUCUACCCCAUCUUCGUCGGCCGGCUGCUCCCUCUCUCUAUCAUAUCAUUCCUCGUCUACUUUAUCUUGUUUACCUUCACUUUUAUUCCCCAAUUUUUGCUUCUCUAUAUCUUCCAAGGACGCGCCGGCGCGUUGAUAAACACAACCGUCCUCGUGCUGGGAGAGGGUCUGGUGCUGAUACAGGCGCUGUUCGAAGGCCUGUUUGUCGACGAAUGUCGCGUGGAUAUUUUCGAUGCCACCUUGAUUAACCAUGGCUUCGUCGACCUCAUUGCGCCGCAGCGCGUCCUCUUCGUCGAUGCCCCGAACUCGGUCAAGAUGCUGGGCAAACCCACAAGCCGCGCCGAAUACUCGCCGUUCAGCUGGAUCCAAAUCUUCGAGCUGGUCGCCUGCCUUCCCCUCAACCUUAUUCCCUACAUUGGCACACCCGCCUUCAUCAUGAUAACCGGGUCGCGUGUGGGAAAACUCUCGCACUACCGAUGGUACAAGCUGCGUGGAAUUGACAAGAAGACCAUGAAGAGAGAUUUGCAUUUCAAGAGCUGGGACUACCUGUGGUUUGGCACAGUGGCUAUGGUUCUGCAGCUAAUCCCGGUGCUGAGCUUCUUCUUUUUGCUGACCACCACUUCGGCGGCAGCAAUGUGGGCGGCCAAGAUGGAAGAGUUGUCUCGUGUGCGGGUGGGUAGGCCAGUCACUGCGCAGGACCGAGUUGAACAGGAAACAGACGACCCGGUGUACCACGAUGACCCUGUCUAGAUCACCUCAGAGCGAACAAUUGAUACCCAAAUAUCUACUCUAAUGGCUUACCUACUGACAGUAAUUGGUGAAGCGACGUCGG